AUGUUGGGCUCGUUUGUUCUACUGUGGAUAGGCAUCUGCUUCCUCUUUUUCAUCCUGAAGAUUAAUCGAACCACAAACUUUCCUCCUGGUCCAAAACCCAUUCAGAUAUUUGGGAAUCUGCUGCAUCUGAGCUUGAGGAAUCAUUUGAAAGACCUGGAGAAGGUGCAGUUAUUAUACCUCAAAUAGCAUAACAACUCAUGAAAGAAUCAGCAGUGUCAGUGUAACUAUCAGUUACAUUAUUUGUUUCAAACAUUGUCAUUCCUUCAUCAAAGGGUGAUGUUAUCUUGUAUCACUUGUAAUCACAGUGUUACUGUGUUGUAUGCAAUGUGUCCUCAUGUGCUCUUUCCCAACUAGUUGGCAGAGCGCUAUGGGAAGGUUUUCAGUCUUUAUAUUGGUGGAAGGCCAGCUGUGAUUCUCAAUGGGCUUGAAGCUAUGAAGGAGGCCCUGGUUACCAAGGCUUUGGACUUUGCAAGAAGACCCCAAAACCUUAUGCUCAACCACUACACAAGGAAAAAUAAAUAA